UUAACUUUUCAAGUUUUGCCGCCAAUCAAUCAUCCUCCUCUCUUUCUCUGCAUCUCUCGGCCAAAUCCAAAUCCAAAAAAAAAACAAAAAAUACACAAAGAUUGUUGUGAAUUUGAAAAUGACAUCAACAGUUCCUUUCCAAAUAAUCGACGACGACGACGAAUUUGAUUGGGAGGCAGCAGUCAGAGAAAUCGAUGCCGCUUGUCAAAGAGCAAAUAACCCUUCAUCUACUACAAUUAAUCAAGCUUCUUCUUCCAAUUUUACCCCUCCCGUUAAUAUUCUUAAUAAUUCUUCUUAUUAUUCAUGUACAAAGACUGGGACUUGCAAGCAAUCCACGCUCGAUAAGUUUAUUGGCAGAGCGAAUACGCCGGUGAAGCCAACGGUUGAGGUCCGACAUCAUCAGGGUAAUGGCAUCAUCAACAGUGAUGGGAGGCCGUGUUGCGUUGAGAUCGAUGCCGAGGCAGCUAAAACUUGGAUUUACCCAGUCAAUGUACCUCUCCGGGAAUAUCAAUUAGCUAUAACAAAGACCGCAUUAUUUACAAACACAUUGGUUGCAUUGCCAACUGGGCUCGGAAAGACGCUUAUUGCUGCUGUUGUUAUGUAUAACUACUUCAGAUGGUUUCCUGAUGGUAAAAUAGUUUUUGCUGCUCCUUCUCGACCGCUUGUGAUGCAACAAAUAGAAGCAUGCCAUAAUAUUGUGGGGAUACCACAAGAGUGGACAAUUGAUAUGACCGGCCAGGUAUGCCCUACAAAAAGGGCAUGUUUUUGGAAAACUAAACGAGUUUUCUUUGUUACUCCACAAGUGCUGGAAAAGGAUAUUCAAUCUGGAACAUGUCUGGCAAAAUACUUGGUUUGUUUGGUAAUUGAUGAGGCUCAUAGAGCAUCAGGAAAUUAUUCUUACUGCGUAGCAAUUCGCGAGUUGUUGGCCAUACCAGUGCAACUGAGAAUAUUAGCAUUGACUGCGACUCCAGGAUCAAAACAGCCGGCUGUCCAGCAUAUCAUUGAUAACUUACAGAUAUCAGCUCUUGAAUAUCGUAAUGAAAGUGAUCCUGAUGUCAUUCCAUAUGUUCAUGACAGAAAGAUUGAACUAAUUGAGGUUGCAUUGGGGAAAGAAGCUGUUGAUAUUAACAAACGGCUAUUGGAAGUGAUACGUCCAUAUGUGGCAAGGCUUUCUACACUUGGACUUCUCCAGAAUAGAGACUAUCAAACAUUAAGCCCGCCUGAUUUACUCAACUCAAGAGAUAAAUUUCGCCGAGCACCUCCUCUGGACCUUCCCCAGAACAGAUAUGGAGAAAUUGAAGCUUGUUUUGGAGGUCUUAUUACUCUUUACCACAUCCGUAAGCUCCUUUCAAGCCAUGGAAUAAGGCCAGCAUAUGAGAUGCUGGAAGAAAAGUUGAAACAAUGGUCAUUUGCAAGACUGAUGGGUAAAAAUGAAGAUAUUAGGAAAAUAAAGCUUUUAAUGCAACAAAGCUUGUCUCAUGGUGCACCUAGUCCCAAAUUGUCAAAAAUGUUGGAAGUACUUGUUGACCAUUUCAAAACUAAGGAUCCACAAAACUCAAGGGUUAUAAUUUUCUCCAAUUUUAGAGGAAGUGUAAGGGAUAUAAUGAACACAUUAGCAACCAUUGGAGAUCUGGUUAAAGCAACUGAGUUUAUUGGUCAAAGUUCAGGAAAAGCAUUGAAAGGCCAAUCACAGAAAGUUCAACAGGCUGUAUUGCAGAAAUUUCGAGCUGGGGGAUACAAUGUAAUUGUUGCAACAUCAAUUGGUGAAGAAGGCCUAGAUAUCAUGGAAGUUGAUCUUGUAGUAUGUUUUGAUGCUAAUGUAUCACCAUUGAGAAUGAUUCAACGCAUGGGAAGAACUGGAAGGAAGCAUGAUGGACGAGUUGUAGUUUUAGCUUGUGAAGGGUCUGAGUUGAAGGGUUACAUGCGAAAGCAAGCAAACAGCAGGGCAAUAAAGAAGCAUAUGCAUAAUGGGGGGAUAAAUAGCUUCAGUUUCCAUUCUAGCUCAAGAAUGAUUCCUCAUAUUUUUAAACCAGAAGUCCAAUUUGUUGAGCUGUCAAUUGAACAAUAUGUUCCUCGUGGAAAGAAAGUGAAGGAUGAUAAUACCAUUCAGACACCAGUUUUCAAAGAAAAUCUAACUGUUGCAGAGACUGCUUUACUUGCCAAGUAUUUCCACCCCGGAAAUACCUGGACACCAUCUCUGAUUGCCUUUCCUCGUUUCCAAUCAUUUCCAUCCAGAGUGCACAGAGUAAUGCAUUCUCACCGUACAGAGAUGCUGAUUGACUCAAUGCAACAUUUGCAAGAUCUAACAUUUACUAGGGAAUGCGGAGCUUUCUCUGCUGAGGAUGAAGCCUCUUCACGUAAGUGCUUGGAAGCUAACCCUGUUCAAGAAGGGGAUAAUGUCAAUGAAGAUGUUGCAGGUCCAGUGACAUGGGACAAUCCUACAAGCACCAAAUCACAGGAAAAAGUAGUAGAUUCUGAAGAAUCACCCAUACAAACCUUGAGACCUGACAACAAGCACAGUAUGCUGGAUCUUAACAAACUAUGUCGUCCAGCUCAUUCCUAUCUGUUUGGUUCAGAUUAUGUAUCUGUAGAUUCUCUUGGGAAGGUCCUAAUUAUGUCUGUCCCAUUAUUUCCUUCCGAAGAAGCAACACAUUCUAAGGGUCAAAGUUCCUUAAAUCAAAAUUCUUGCUGUUGGAAGACUCCAGGUCAAAAGGACGAAGAAUUAACCACCCCACACAAAUCCUCUAUGGACCUGACAACUUCUGAGACACAGUACAAAAUGAAUGCCACUCUGGCAAUAUCUAGAUCAUCUAACUCUAUUUCCCAGCAAGAGAAAACAUUGGAUCUGAUGGUGACAAUUCCCGAGGCUCCAAUUUUGAAGAGAAAUCUACCAAAUGAAGAAGAUUGUGCCAGCAAGUCUCUUGAUGUUUUGGGAAUCAAGGCAUCGUCUCUGCAGGCUGAUGAGUUCAAUAAUAAUUUCAAAGAUUCUGAGCUGAGCCCCCGAUUAACAAAUAUGAUUCAAAGUGGUAUUGUUCCAGAGUCUCCAAUCAAUGACAACGGACUGUUAAAUGAUGAAGGAACAAAUGAAUUUAUUGUUCAGGACCUCAUUUCACCCACGAAACUGUGCACUGAACUGCCGUCAAAAUUACAGAGUUCACAAAAAAAUGAAACUGUCAUGAAUAGUCAUGAUUGUCAAAUAAACAUUUCAGUUUCUCCGAGUAAUAAUGAAAUUGAAACUCCUCUACUAAAGGUGAAGAAUGUUGCAAGAAAAGGUAGAUUUAUGUUAAUUUCUCCAGUGGUUGAGGAAACUGAUUCUCCUUCGGCAAAUCUUACAAAAAGCAGCAACAGUAAAGAUUGGCUUUUGAGUUCUGGAAACAAGUUAGAAGAUGUUGAACGAGUUUGCAAGUUCAAAAGGCUGCGGAAAGUUGGAGAUAUUGGGGAGAGAAAAAAUUCAAAGGGCACAAUAGAAAAUUCUACAAUCCCUAUCAAAAACCUUAAUAGAUCCUUUUCAGGUAAAAAGAAGCGAGUUGGCAAUGCCAGGGCCUUCAUUGAGGAGGAAGCUGAAGUAUCUUCGGAAGCUGAAAUAUCUGAUGACGAGGCAGAUGACCUGGGAAACAGUUCAAAUGAUGAUAGUUUCAUAGAUGACAGGAUAAAUCCAACAGUGGCAAGUGCUGAUUCCAAAGCUAGCAGAGCUGACAUGAUGGCAGUUUACAGGCGUUCUUUGCUCAGCCAAUCACCAAUGGCAAGGGAAUCUAGUUCUAGUGCCACCUUUACUCCUGAUUACGGGGCGUCUACAAGUAGAAUGAAUGGAAGUGGGAGCUCCUCGGUCAAGACACCUCAAACUGAUUCAGCCAAUCAGUCUGCUGGAAGGGAUUUAGGACCCUUCCAAAUCAACCAAGAGAGGAUCUCUGCAGCAAGGCCCUGUACAACCACUGAUUUUAAGAGAGAGAACGAGACAAGAUCAGAAACCAGGAAAGGAAAUUUUAGUUUUUGUCAAUCAUCUAUUCCUGUUCUGAACUUAGAGCAAAAGUUCUCUUCGCAGUCAGAGGUACCAGAGAAAGCAUCAUUCCAGCAAGGUCCGGCAGAUGAAAUUGAUGCCAAUGAGGACAUAUUCUAUGAUGAUUUUUUUGCCACUCUUGAUCUUGAUGCUGUGGAAGCACAAGCUACAUUACUUCCCAAACAACGAUCAGACUUGUCCGUACAAAAGCAGGAUGUGAUUCUAAAAUCAGACCUACAAAGUUCCCCAUCAUUUGAUCUUGGGAUAUUGGUCUUUUUGUUUAUCGAUUCAGUUUUUGUUUUCAAGUGUGGUUUAUCUGUGGAAACUAAUGAGUCUGAUGUAAAAAAAGAAAGGGACUUAAAGAGAGAAGUUAGAAUCAAUGUUAAUAGAUCCUUUUCAGGUAAAAAGAAGCGAGUUGGCAAUGCCAGGGCCUUCAUUGAGGAGGAAGCUGAAGUAUCUUCGGAAGCUGAAAUAUCUGAUGACGAGGCAGAUGACCUGGGAAACAGUUCAAAUGAUGAUAGUUUCAUAGAUGACAGGAUAAAUCCAACAGUGGCAAGUGCUGAUUCCAAAGCUAGCAGAGCUGACAUGAUGGCAGUUUACAGGCGUUCUUUGCUCAGCCAAUCACCAAUGGCAAGGGAAUCUAGUUCUAGUGCCACCUUUACUCCUGAUUACGGGGCGUCUACAAGUAGAAUGAAUGGAAGUGGGAGCUCCUCGGUCAAGACACCUCAAACUGAUUCAGCCAAUCAGUCUGCUGGAAGGGAUUUAGGACCCUUCCAAAUCAACCAAGAGAGGAUCUCUGCAGCAAGGCCCUGUACAACCACUGAUUUUAAGAGAGAGAACGAGACAAGAUCAGAAACCAGGAAAGGAAAUUUUAGUUUUUGUCAAUCAUCUAUUCCUGUUCUGAACUUAGAGCAAAAGUUCUCUUCGCAGUCAGAGGUACCAGAGAAAGCAUCAUUCCAGCAAGGUCCGGCAGAUGAAAUUGAUGCCAAUGAGGACAUAUUCUAUGAUGAUUUUUUUGCCACUCUUGAUCUUGAUGCUGUGGAAGCACAAGCUACAUUACUUCCCAAACAACGAUCAGACUUGUCCGUACAAAAGCAGGAUGUGAUUCUAAAAUCAGACCUACAAAGUUCCCCAUCAUUUGAUCUUGGGAUAUUGUAAUGCAGUGAAAAUCUGUCUAGUUCGCCUCAUACCUUCAAAGAAUUGGCGGAAGCAGGCAUUUUGAAAAUACUCUGGAAAGGUAUAAUCUGUCAAAUAGUCCAACGAGAGAUACGGCUGAUUGGAAGUGUAGUAUAGGUUCGUUUUAAAAUAUAUUUUUAUUUUUAAAAAUUUAUUUUUAUCAUCACAUCAAAACAAUUAAAAAAUAUUAAUAAAAAAAUUCAAAUUUUAAUCCAA